AUGUCCCGCGGAACAGUUCUUGUGACUGGGGGCACAGGCUACAUUGGCGCAUUCACAUCCUUAGCACUUCUUGAAAAUGACUACAAGUUGAUCAUUGUAGAUAGUCUCUACAAUUCAUCCAAGGUCGCACUUGACCGUAUUGAGCUACUUUGUGGUCGGAGACCUGAGUUCUACCAAGUUGACAUCACUGACGAAGAGGCGUUGUCUAAGGUAUUUGCUACGCAUCUAGAUAUACAAAGUGUCAUUCAUUUUGCUGCUCUGAAGGCUGUUGGGGAAUCAACUGAAAUUCCUCUCGAGUAUUACCGUGUGAAUGUUGGAGGAACGAUCACUCUGCUUAAAUGUAUGACGAAAUACAAUGUUCACAACAUAGUUUUUUCCUCGUCGGCCACCGUUUAUGGUGAUGCCACGCGUGUGCCCAACAUGAUACCAAUUCCCGAACAUUGCCCUAUCGGCCCUACAAGCCCCUAUGGUCGCACUAAGAGUAUCAUCGAGCUUAUUAUCACCGAUCAUAUCGAGGCACAGAGAAAUAAUUUAAGGAAGGCUGGAAAGCCGAGUGAACAAUGUAAUGCUGCGCUACUUAGGUAUUUCAAUCCCGGAGGAAGUCAUCCAAGUGGUCUCAUGGGUGAGGAUCCAUUAGGAAUUCCAUUCAACCUCUUGCCUCUGUUGGGUCAAGUUGCAAAUGGACAACGAGAGAAGAUAUUGCUUUUCGGUAACGAUUAUGCCUCGAGAGAUGGAACUGCUAUCCGCGAUUAUAUUCACGUCAUGGACCUCGCCAAGGGUCAUCUCGCUGCAUUAAAGUAUCUUCAAGAGAAGAAGCCUGGCGUCAAAGUCUGGAAUCUAGGCACGGGUCAAGGCUACACUGUCCUCGAAAUGAUUAAUGCCUUCAGUAAAGUUGUUGGUCGAUCAUUGAAAUAUGAAGUUGUCGCCAGGCGGGAAGGUGAUGUAUUGGACCUAACAGCCAACCCAGCUCGUGCGAACCAAGAACUGGGCUGGAAGACCGAGUGCUCUCUCGAAGAUAUCUGUGAAGAUCUUUGGAAAUGGGUCAGCAACAAUCCAGAAGGCUAUCGCCAAGAUCCCCCUAAAGCGCUUGUUGAAGCUUGGAAUAAGGAAAAGACCGAGAUUCAUUCGUAA